AUUUGCAGUCAAAUUUCUUGAAGUAAUUAAGCCCUUCUGUGCAAUUUUGCCAGAGAUCCAAAAGCCAGAACGAAAGAUCCAAUUUAAAGAAAAAGUAUUAUGGACGGCCAUCACACUCUUCAUCUUCUUAGUAUGUUGUCAGAUUCCCCUGUUUGGUAUUAUGUCAUCAGACUCUGCAGAUCCAUUUUACUGGAUGAGAGUUAUCCUGGCUUCUAACAGAGGUACUUUGAUGGAGCUGGGUAUCUCUCCAAUCGUCACCUCUGGUCUCAUCAUGCAGCUUCUGGCUGGUGCCAAGAUCAUCGAAGUGGGAGACACACCAAAGGACAGAGCAUUGUUCAACGGGGCACAGAAAUUGUUCGGUAUGAUCAUCACAAUUGGUCAAGCCAUCGUCUACGUCAUGACAGGAAUGUACGGAGAUCCUUCAGAGAUGGGUGCUGGCAUCUGUCUUCUCAUCACUAUACAGCUCUUCGUUGCCGGCCUCAUUGUUCUGCUUCUGGAUGAGCUGCUGCAGAGGGUUAUGGUUUAGGCUCUGGAAUCUCCCUCUUUAUUGCUACCAACAUCUGUGAGACCAUUGUAUGGAAGGCCUUCAGCCCUACUACAGUAAACACUGGCAGAGGCACAGAGUUUGAGGGAGCCAUCAUCGCUCUUUUCCACCUGCUCGCCACUCGUACCGAUAAAGUCCGCGCUCUCCGAGAGGCUUUCUACCGCCAGAACUUGCCUAACCUCAUGAACCUCAUUGCCACCAUCUUUGUCUUCGCUGUAGUUAUAUACUUCCAGGGAUUCAGAGUGGACCUACCCAUCAAAUCCGCCCGCUAUCGCGGCCAGUACAAUACUUACCCCAUUAAGCUGUUCUACACCUCCAACAUCCCCAUCAUCCUGCAGUCCGCUCUGGUGUCCAAUCUGUAUGUCAUCUCUCAGAUGCUGUCUGCCCGAUUCAGCGGUAACCUGCUUGUCAACCUCCUGGGCACCUGGUCUGAUACCUCUACUGGUGGUCCGGCUCGGGCGUACCCUGUAGGCGGCCUCUGUUAUUACCUCUCGCCGCCGGAGUCGUUUGGUUCGGUGCUAGACGACCCGGUUCAUGCCGUGGUUUAUAUAGUCUUCAUGCUGGGUUCCUGCGCCUUCUUCUCCAAGACAUGGAUAGAAGUGUCUGGUUCCUCCGCUAAAGAUGUUGCAAAGCAGCUUAAAGAGCAGCAGAUGGUGAUGAGAGGCCACAGGGAGACCUCCAUGGUGCAUGAGCUCAACAGGUACAUCCCAACAGCUGCUGCUUUCGGUGGUCUCUGCAUCGGCGCCCUCUCUGUCCUGGCAGACUUCUUGGGCGCUAUCGGAUCUGGUACGGGAAUUUUGCUGGCCGUCACCAUCAUCUACCAAUACUUUGAGAUCUUCGUGAAAGAGCAGAGCGAAGUGGGAAGCAUGGGCGCUCUUCUCUUCUAA